AUGCCAGACGUUAUCGAACAAGAGAGUAUCGGGAAAUCUAGUGCCAUCUAUCAACUAAUGCCAAUGUUGGACGACAACGGUCUGCUCCGCGAACGCGAUCGCAUUGGCGCUGUGAAGAAAGUUUGCAUACUUGCCAAAGGGAAUCAGCAAUUCAAUUACUACCCGAUGAAGAUACCAGCCAUUGACAUCUGCACCUUCACCAGAGUUUUCUGGCCGGACUACAUCGAGUACUACAAAAGCUACGUGGAUAAUAUCAUUGCAGUUGGGGAAUGUCCCAUUGAACCAAGACAGACAAGGGUGAACAAGCAUAUAUUGGAUGCGAAGAUGUUUCCGCCAUAUAUGCCAGCUGGAUUGUGGAAGCUGUACGUUAACUUUAACAAUGAUGCAGAUGUCAAAUGCCACGUUAGUGAUAUUCAGUUGAAUUUGGAAAACGAUGGAUCCAUGUUGAAAAAAAUGUUUCGGAUGGAUAAAAAUGUGAUAAAUGUGAAUCAUAAAACUGAAAUUAAUGGUGAUGAAGCUAUAAAGUACGAGGAAAAAUCAAAAAUACGAUCGUUAAAGGGAACUCCAGAUACUGAAGCCAACAUCUCUGCUAACUCGCCCCUACUCGGAAUGUUGAAAUCAAUGCAGACACUACAAAGUUCUUCAGAUGCUGUUGAAUACGAGAUCAAUGAUAGUUCCUUAAAUGUAAUUCCAGCCGAACGAUUUGUGCGUCAAUUGCCUCCCGAAGUGUCGCAAGACAGUUUACUUCAGUUAUUGGGGACUCAGAUCGCAAACGCACUAGAAAGCAACAGUGGACAGCAAAUACAGAAUAUAACCUCCCAGAUAGCUACUGGAUUUUCUAAUGUGACGAACCAAGUUGCAGAAGGAUUCUCGAAUGCAACCAAUUCUAUAACAAGUAAUAGUGACAUUAAUGCAAGUCUUCAAAGCCAGUUAUUACAACUGAUUAACUCAUUGGGAACAGCGAUUAACUCCAGUACCAGUCAGUCGGAUUCACCUACAAAAGUUGUAUCCCAAGAUAGCAUAUUUCAACAAAUUGGAUCUCAGCUCAGCAACGCAGCCACCAAUGCAACGAGUUCGGGAAUCAAUUUGCUACAGCCCAUUGGCUCACAAGUUCAAAACGUAACAAAUCAGUUAACAGGAGCUAUCCCGAACGCAGCGAACAUCAGUACAAUAACUACAGGAUCUGAAAUACAAAAUCAGCUGCUACAAUUGAUCAAUAGUUUAGGGAUUAAUACAACCAAUGCCAUCAAUCAACAAUCAGAUAGCAAACCAUCAGGUGUUUCACAGGACUCUAUAUUUUCGCAGAUCGUCAAUUCUGCAUCUUCUGCUUUGGGUAGUUUGGCAACCCAAUUUCAAAAUGCAAGUGCACAGGCAGCUGCCGGACUUACAAAUGUCUCUAAUUCCAUAACGGAUUCCAUCAACAGUGCCAGCUCAUCAGGGUCGGACCCACUAAGUGUAAUAACAUCGCAAAUUGGAAGUGUUGGAGCGCAAAUCACUGGCGGUAUUUCAAAUGUAACCAAUGCUAUCGCGGAAUCCAAUUUAUCGGUGAAUAAUUCUACGAUCCUUACAGCGCUUCAAAACCAACUAGAAACUUUACUAAACUCAUCAAUAAGUAACACCACAACCACAACAACUGAAUCUUCUACUGACACAAGCAGUUCAACUUCUACAACAACAACAGGUGCUUCGAACGACCCGAUCUUUUUGGCACCAUUCCAAACAAUCUCUACAAGUCUCUCAAACGCGACCUCAGGUUUGAUUCCGAAUAUAUCGUCCGAGACUUUCAACCAAAUCGUGGACGCACUGAAACCAAGCGCAAUCCAAGGUCAACUGCAAGGAAUCGGUUCACAACUUGAAGCUAACAUUCCCAUAAUUUCCAAUGAUGAAGGCAUCCUCAGCACAAUUUCCCAAAAUAUUCUGAACUGGAACAACGUCAAUAAUCUUUUGUUGCCUUCGAAUUUGCUUUCUUCAACCAAUAACAAUGUGAACCCAGCGCCACUUCCAUUGAUGUGCCCAGAUUGUACUCCUAGCUGCGGAAAAACUAACCCAGAAGCUCGCGUCGCUGGAGGAACGCUACUAAGCCCAACCAAUACGUACCCCUGGACUGCCCGCAUUCUAUACUUCGGUACCGAUAUUGGCCAAGGAACUCUGAUCAAUGAUCGGGCUGUAAUCACCACUGCCACCAUCAUCAGAACCAUUCCCAUCUACUCAGCUGUGACUGUCCUGUUCAACGUUUUCGACAAAAGUUCCACCACCGAGCAACGGCUUGAGAGGAAUGCGAUUAAUGUAUUCACUCCUAAACUAUACAAUCCUGCCAAUAUUUACGACUUCAACAUAGGCAUUAUUCGUCUGGCCACUCCCGUAACCUUGACCAGCACAUUUAUGCCUAUCUGUCUGCCAAAGUAUUACGACUCAAUCGGAGGGACCAGUGGAAGUCUCAUAGGAUGGGGAGCUCAAACCCUCACGGGCCAAACGUCGGAUACCCCUCGAGAAGUGUCCAUCCCACUUUACACCGAUCGAGAGUGCCAGCUGUCGAAUUCGAACCUGACCACUAACAAUCUUUGCGGCGGGGUGGUCAAACCGGCACCAACUGCGGCAAUUAAGGCCACCUGCAAGGGCGACGACGGAGCUGCUCUGAUGUACCCAUCGCGAACCGACGCCACAGUUCUCACACUGCUGGGUGUGGCCAUUGAUGUCCCAGGUCAAGGCUGUGGAGAAACAAAUCAGUUAUCGGUUUUCAGCAAGGUGUACAACAAUCUCGAUUUCAUUGUCCUGUACGGUGCUGGUUGUGGUUGUUAA